AAAAAAUGUUUACUAACACAUUAGUUAUUUAUUCAACAUAACGCUAGUGUCAUAACACAUAUAUGUGUUAUAAGAGUGUAACCUGCAGGAAGAAAAUGAUUUAACGAGUUCUGAAACACGGGGUGUUGCAAUCACCACACGGAUACAUUUGAUUAACUCGUUGAUGUGCUUCAAAACAAAGAUAAAGUGUGUGCUGCGAUGUGAGUUAUUAAACACAUACGCGUGUUUAAGACAACCCCGGCUCAAAAAUCGAGAGACGUGUUAUCAAACUUGCCUUCAGCGUGCCGAUCAGUAACAUUACACGUAUUAUGCUAGUAAACCAUUACACGCAGCUAAGUUACUGCAACAAUGUCGCCAUUUUGUGCGGAUCGCGCGCGCGACUCCGCCGCAUUCAUCUGAGGCCUGUUUGCGAAGUGGUGUCUCAAAUGUGAACGAUGAAGACGCUCGUGACACACGAAGGGGUGUCCCGGGUGAUAGAGCACGACUCCGUGAAAGAUCUCCGGUCGAAGAUACGGACUUUCUUCGGACUCUUACAGGAUGAAUGUAAGCUGGAGAUAUACGAUGAAGAGUGGUCGUGUUGGACCUGGCUGGAGGAUAAAGACAAGAUUACUAUCUCUCGUCCCCGCGUGAGGACCCUUUCAUCAGUCGUCAUUCUGGACAGCAACCACAACUCCCUGGUCAGUUUGCAGGACAAUUCAGUGGAAGUGAAGUCGUCCACCGGCACAGAGGCAACAGUUGGCGUAGCGCAAGUGGAACACGAGACAGCGUCUGCAGAGUCCACGGUUGUCGGAUCAAAAGAGAACGCCGGCUCAGUACUUCAGACAGCAGAGCAAAGCCAGAGCCAGACAGCAGAGCCAUCGACCUCACAGGGCGUGACACUGGACAGUGCCGUCAUCGCCAAACCCACUUCGCCUGCAUUGUCUAGAAAGGACACUGUGCCGGUGGGUCCCUUCGACGACAGCCAGUUGCGACCGGCGCUGCGGGCGAAACUGCGAAGCAACGAGAAGCAGCCACUUACUCGGACCGAGUGGAGUGAGUUGACAGGAGUGAUCGUCAACCACGAAAAGCUCACAAACGGAUCUCUCACCAUGACCCAUAACCGCUAUAUGGAUCUAGCGGACCGGGCGCUCGAGCAGUGGCCAGCUCUGCUGCACGGCUUGACUUCAAGGCAGGCACUGGAGCAAGUAAAAAACAAGAUUCAAUGGCGUGUGAGGAACUAUAAACGACCGGACCCGGGUGUCAUGGGAUCAUUCAAGCGGCCGGCCCAGGCGACAGCGGCGAAGAAGGCGAAGAAGUCCAGACGCUACGAAAACUUCGAGGGAUAUCAAGACUACCUCCCGCCGGAACCAGAGGAGGACAUGCAAGUUCACAGGAAUCGGCUAAGGCAAGAGGGACUAACCGAGGAAGAGCGGGAAGCGCUGCGAGACUUGACAUUCGCGGACCGCCGUCGACACGCCGUGGCUCUCUCGACGCCAAUGAAGAAGUUCCUGCACAUGUACCCCAUGAUGAAGAAUCACCAAGAGAUCUGGUACGAGCUGGAGAGGAUCAGCGGCGGACAGGGUUCCCGUCUUCAGGAAUACCGGAAGCGAUUGUGCGACUUCCUCACCGCUGUGCAGAUGCACACUGAGUGCGAAGAUGAUGACAAGGUGGAUUCGCUACUGGAAUAUCUCCUGGUGGACCCAGAGGAGAUAUUCGGGUCCGCUGGCAGCCAAACGAUGCCGCACUUCGAGGAGAGCCCGAAUGGUUCUCUGACACUGGUUGUCGAGCGCCAGCGGGUGGUCGAGGACGUGGAAAUGACGCGCAGCGAUGCCCUUCUGCUGUGGGCGGCGUCCUUCCCAGUGUAUAACCAAAAGCCGCCCACAAAAACCGCAAAAAAUGCACUCGCAUUCCUGUCUGAGCAGGUUUUUGAGAAGGCCCGGGGCAGCGUGGUGGUUGGAAACCGCGCCCUGAAGCGUAUUCAGCAGAUCAAACAACUGACUGAAUAAGCCCCUCACACACACACACA